GCGCCUGCGCGCAGCUGGCUGCCGAGCCGAUCCUGCGGGGCGGUACGGGCUCUGGCUGACGCGCCCGCGGCCGCGGCUCAUCUCGGCUUCACCACCAGCCGGGGCUCGGGCCCGGGCCCGGGCCCCCGGGACAUGACCUCCCGGAGUGCGCAGGGCGACAGCCCCACCUCCAGUCUCAGGGACAGAGGCGCGGAGACGGCAGGCUUUAACGGGAAAAGGAAAAAGAAAGUGGCAGAGAUAUACCAGGCUCUGAACAGCGAUCCCACUGACGUGGCUGCCCUUAGGCGCAUGGCCAUUAGCGAAGGGGGGCUCCUGACUGACGAGAUCCGGCGGAAAGUGUGGCCCAAGCUCCUCAACGUCAGCACCAACGACCCACCUUCCAUAUCAAGGAAAAACCUACGACAGAUGAGCAAGGACUACCAGCAGGUGCUUCUGGACGUCCGGCGGUCGUUACGGCGCUUUCCUCCUGGCAUGCCCGAAGAGCAGAGAGAAGGGCUCCAGGAAGAACUGAUCGACAUCAUCCUCCUCGUCCUGGAGCGCAACCCUCAGCUGCAUUACUACCAGGGCUACCAUGACAUCGUGGUCACGUUUCUGCUGGUUGUAGGAGAGAGGCUGGCAACGUCACUGGUAGAAAAACUAUCUACUCACCACCUCAGGGACUUCAUGGACCGGACAAUGGACAACACCAAACACAUACUAAACUAUCUGAUGCCCAUCAUUGACCGGGUGAACCCAGAACUCCACGACUUCAUGCAGAGUGCCGAGGUGGGGACCAUCUUUGCCCUCAGCUGGCUCAUCACCUGGUUUGGGCACGUGCUGUCCGACUUCCGGCACGUGGUGCGGUUGUACGACUUCUUCCUGGCCUGCCACCCCCUGAUGCCCAUCUACUUCGCAGCCGUGAUCGUGUUGUAUCGAGAGCAGGAAGUCCUGGAUUGUGACUGUGACAUGGCCUCGGUCCACCACCUGUUGUCCCAGAUCCCUCAGGACCUGCCCUACGAGACGCUGAUCAGCAGAGCUGGGGACCUCUUCGUUCAGUUUCCCCCGUCCGAACUCGCGCGGGAGGCAGCCGCCCAGCAGCAAGCGGAGAAAACGGCAGCCUCUACCUUCAAAGACUUUGAGCUGGCAUCAGCCCAGCAGAGGCCUGACAUGGUGCUGCGGCAGCGCUUCCGGGGGCUCCUGCCGACCGAGGAGAGAACGAAGGACGUCCUGACCAAACCGAGGACCAACCGCUUUGUGAAACUGGCGGUGAUGGGGCUGACGGUGGCACUGGGCGCGGCCGCUCUGGCCGUGGUGAAGAGUGCCCUGGAGUGGGCCCCUAAGUUUCAGCUGCAGCUGUUCCCCUAAAUGCCAGGGAGGAGGCUUCUUCUGGCAUUUCUCUAAGGUCUUGCCCUUCCAUGGAAGGAUAGGGAGGGAUGGAAUGUCCUUUAUUAAAAGGGUUUCUGUCAA